UUUUACAGUGUGAGGGCUUUGGUUUUUCCGUGUUUGCAACGACUCUUGUUGCUCGGUUUUUGGGUGCGUGCCAUUUUUAAGAGUUGUAACACUGGCUGUGAAGGCCUGCAGCUUCACUCCUGAGAGCGAGACCACAAACCCACCAGAAUGAAGAAGCUCCAGACACACCUCAACGUCUGAAGGAACAAACUCCGGACACGUCAUUUUUAAUAACACUCACCGCUGGAGUGUGCAGCUUCAUUCUUGAGGUUCCUGGUAAGUUUCCUGAAUCCAGUCACCAGUUCAUGAGACUCACUGAAGACCUGUCCUGCCCGAAUCCACAUGCUUUUUUCUCUUCUUGGAAGAAUGACCUGGCAGGCAUUCUGAAGGAAGGAGCCACGGGAACCUUCAUUAAUUAGAAGCGCUGCAUGGCAGUCAAAAGAGUAGACACACCGGCUACAUGAAAGCAGAAAACCAUACAGAAUUAUCAGAAUUCUUCCUCCUUGGACUCUCAGAUGAUCCUGAACUGCAGCCCGUCCUCUUUGGGCUGUUCCUGUCCGUGUACCUGGUCACGGUGCUGGGGAAACUGCUCAUCAUCCUGGCCGUCAGCUCUGACUCCCACCUCCACACCCCCAUGUACUUCUUCCUCUCCAACCUGUCCUUUGUUGAAUGUUUUAUCUCCACCACAGUCCCCAGGAUGCUGAUGAACAUCCAGGCACGGAGCAAAGACAUCUCCUACGUGGAGUGCCUCACUCAGGGGUAUUUUUUAAUGAUGUUUGCUGGAAUGGAUAAUUUCCUACUGGCCGUGAUGGCCUAUGACCGGUUUAUGGCCAUCUGCCAUCCCCUGCACUACACGGUCAUCAUGAACCCCUGCCUCUGUGGCCGCCUGGUUCUGGCAUCUUGGUUCAUCAUUUUCUGGGUCUCCCUGGUUCAUAUUCUACUGAUGAAGAGUUUGACCUUCUCCGUAGGCACCGAGAUUCCGCAUUUCUUCUGUGAAGUGGCUCAGGUCCUCAAGGUGGCCCGCUCUAACACCCUCCUCAAUAACAUUGUCUUGCAUGUGGCCACGGCACUGCUGGGUGUGUUUCCUGUAGCUGGGAUCCUCAUCUCCUACUUUCAGAUAGUCUCCUCCUUAAUGAGGAUGUCCUCCACCGAGGGCAAGUACAAAGCCUUUUCCACCUGUGGGUCUCACCUCUGUGUGGUCUCCUUGUUCUAUGGAACAGGACUUGGGGUCUAUCUCAGUUCUGCUGUGACCCAUUCUUCCCAGAGCAGCUCCAUGGCCUCAGUGAUGUAUACCAUGGUCACCCCCAUGCUGAACCCCUUCAUCUACAGCCUGAGGAACAAGGAUGUGAAGGGGGCCCUGGGGAGACUCCUCAGCAGGGCAGCCUCUUGUCUCUUAUGGGGCACAACCUCAGAACUAAGAGGAUGCUAUAGGUCCCUUAAGCAAAUGUGAAUUCACAUAUCCUGGAUCUUGUUCUCCCCUAAACGAUAUGUUGCAGUUUCCUAUUUUCAAAGCA